AAACUUUAAGUAUUCAAAAACAAAUCAAUUGAUCCAUUGAUUGAAGUAAUGUCACGAUUGUUGGUGUCGUCUAUACGUCAAACUUUGAGGCCAAUCAUCGGCGGCGGACGCGGCGGCCGACAAAUCAUUGUUUGCCCAAAACAUAUGUCUUCCUCAUCAUCAUCAGCGGCGACGACAACGUCGGCCAGUCGGCUACUAAAUGAAUUACAAUCGGUUGCCUAUAUCGAUGGCCAGUGGCGUCGGGCCACCACUGAUAGCGGCGGCGGCGGAAAAACGUUUCCCGUCUACAACCCGGCCGUUAUCGACGGUGGCCAGUCGAUUGGCCAGGCGUACAACUCGGACUUGCUGGACACUGGCGACGCUAUUGCUGCCGCCGGCCGAGCAUUCGGCUCGUGGAGUCGGACAACUGCCAAAUAUCGGUCAUCAAUACUCAGACGAUUGUUUGACCUGCAGAUGAAACGUCAGGACGAAUUGGCCAGUCUAUUGACACUCGAGUGCGGAAAGCCGUUACGCGAAUCCAUUGGCGAAAUAGGUUACGGCGGCUCCUUCUUUGAAUGGUUUGCCGAAGAAGCCAAACGUCUAGACGGCUGUCUGAUGCAGAGUCCGUGGCCCGACAAACGUGUUAUGUAUACGAAAGAACCGGCCGGUGUAGUGGCCAUCAUAACGCCAUGGAACUUUCCGAACGCUAUGAUUACCCGAAAGUUGGGCGCCGUAUUGGCUGCCGGCUGUACUGCCGUUAUCAGGCCGGCCGAGGAUACACCGUUUUCUGGUCUGGCUAUUGCCAAACUAGCCGAAGAAGCUGGCGUACCGGCCGGUGUGGUCAAUGUUAUACCGUCGGAUCGGACAAAUGCUGGACCGAUUGGCAAACUGUUAUGCGAAUCGCCCGAAGUUAGUGUCGUAUCGUUUACCGGAUCGACAGCUGUCGGCAAACAACUGUUGGCAAUGUCGGCCUCGACAGUCAAACGGGUAUGUCUGGAAUUGGGCGGCAAUGCACCGUUCAUUGUAUUUGAUUCGGCCGAUGUGGACAAAGCUGUCGACGGCUGUAUGAUCUCGAAGUUUCGCAAUGCCGGACAAACAUGCGUUUGCGCGAACCGUAUAUUCGUUCAGAAAGGUAUUCACGACAAGUUUGUCCAGCGAUUGGCCGAAAAAAUGGCCAAAGAGUUGAUUGUGGGCGACGGCCGAGACAAUCGUACCACUUUAGGACCGCUGAUUAACGAACGUGGAGUCGAUAAAGUUAGACACCAUUUGUCCGAUGCUGUCGGCAAAGGGGCCAACAUUUAUUGCGGCGGCAAACAUAUUGGCGGCAAUUUUUUCGAGCCAACAAUCGUUACCAAUGUUACCCGUGAUAUGCUAUUUACUAAUGAGGAAACAUUUGGUCCGUUGGCACCAAUAUAUCGAUUCUCAACCGAGGAGGAAGUGAUCUCAUUGGCCAACGAUAGCCAGGGAGGACUGGCCGGCUAUUUCUAUUCGCAAGACAGUGCACAGAUAUGGCGGGUAAGUCGUUCGCUAAAAGUCGGUAUGAUUGGCAUCAAUGAGGGACUAAUAUCCAGUUGCGAAGUACCGUUCGGUGGGGUCAAACAGUCGGGUAUUGGCCGCGAAGGUUCGCAUUUCGGUUGCGACGAAUUUCUCGAUGUCAAGUAUAUGUGUUGGGGCGGCCUUUGAGUCAGUAGUAGUAGUAGUAGUACUGGCCGUACAUUGAGUGAGAGGGGAAGGGGGGAGAGAGAGAGGGAGAGUUACGAAUAAUGUAUAUUAAAAAAAACUAAUAGUCAUUAAUAAUAAUAAUAAUAAUAUAUUGAUAUAUAAUUUACUGUAUAUAUAUAAAAAAAAAUCAUAUAUAUGUCGAUAAUGUUAUUGUCCCGUAAUUAUCACAUCAACAACAACAACUACAAACAAAAAAAACAAACAAACAAUUAUUUCCACACUUUAACAACACCGUCACUGCUGGCCGACACCAAUAGAUGGUUGACUCGGGCAAUAUCAGUAAUACAGUCCCGGUGCGAUGGACUAACUGCCUGGUGAUCCCAUGUCGAAUGGUGGUGGUGGUGGUGCUGCUGCUGCUGAUAAUAAUGAGUACCGCCGACACCAGCGCCGCCAGUAGUAGUGGCCACCACCGAUGAUGCUGACGAUGAUGAAGUUGACGGUGACGACACUGGCGGCUGAUGAAGGCCACCACCYACCACCAACACCACCGUUGUUGUCAUCUUGACAUUCCUGUAUCACUUGUAUGCCUUCGAUAAACUUUGAGGUAUAGGUGACAC